AUGGUCAAGAUCCUAGCAAAUACCCAAUUGGUUUGGAUUCAGGUGGAGGUGGAAAAUCAGAGUAAUCCAUCAGUAGCAGUUACUACACCAAAAGUAGCAGCUACUCCAUCUUCAUCUGGUUUGGCAACAUCAAAUUCAGUAGAAGUUCCAACUCAACCUAAUUCCUCUUCUGGUAAUUCAACUGUGACAGAAGUUCAAAACAAGGAAACCUCAAGGGCUAAAAGUGAUAAUUCUCAAGGUAAACCAGCAACCAGUGCUGGUAACAGUUCUAUUCCAAAACCAGUUACUGCUAAAACUGUGACAGUUACCACAGCAGGCAACAGUUCCAAUCCAAUACCAGCAACAACAAAACAGGUGACUGUUACCACAACAGGCAACACUCCCAACCAAAUACCAGUUGCUGGAACAGUGCAUGUUGUGAAUCCCUACCCGAGUAUCAUGCCAGUUACUGUGACAAACUUUGGUGCUCCAACUGUGAAUCAGUCAAUCAUGAUUGUCCUGCCUGAUGGGCGAGUAGUAACCGUUCCUCAGCAACAGCCACAGUACGUUAUCAAUCAAUCAGUUCCCCACAUGAUCAAUCAAUCGGUUCCUCAAAUCAUCAACCAUCAAUCGCCAACAACUAUUGUGAUUGGGAACAGUGCGCCAGUGAUUGAGCCAAUUGUGUUCAAAGCAGCCGACAGAAUGGCUGUGAACAGGGCUUUUGAAGCAGAUGGGGCCACUGUGAAUCAGGCUGGGAAAAAAGGGCAGCAGAAGAGGGUUCUGCUGUCAAAAUGUGCCAACAAAGUCCCGAUACCUCUGGUGGGUACACAGUUUGUGGUGAGAAGGACAGUGGAGAUGCAGGUGAAAGCGAGUAGAGUGGUUGAGAAGCGUCAGAGGAGCAGAAAAGUGAAGAAAACUGUGGUUUCUGCAGAAUCCGCAAAAGUGAAAGAUGUUACCAAGGUGGCUGAAUUUGUUGAAGUCCCAAAAACAACACAAGUAGAGAAUGCAAAGGUUGAUAGAGUUGAAGAAGGUUUGAAACCCAGUGAUGGUAAGAAUACAACAAAUGUCUGUAGAAAUAAAAGUGUGAUAGACAAGGUUGGAAUGGGUGAACAAGAGACAAACAAAGAUAAAUCAGUUGUAAAAUCGAAUGGAAGCAUAGAACAGGACAAUGGGAAAAAGACAGAGAUCUCCAGGAAUGAAAGUGUAUUAGACAAGGAUGGAAUGAAUAGAAAAAUGAACAAUGAUCAAACACAGUCAUUGGAAAAAUCUGUUGUGAAUAAUACUUCUUCAGUUGGAGCAUUGGGGAACAACAAUAAUUCCACAACUCAAAGGUUGGAAAACAAAAGUUCUGCACCGAAAGUAUUGGGAGGCAACACCUCUUCAACUGAAGUAUUGGAAAACAAUACUUCCACAACUAAAGUCUUGGAAAGUUUGAGAGGACCUGAAGCAUUGUCUGCUAACCCUGAUAACAUGAUAACUGCUCGAACUGAAACACCAGGGGAUUCAAUCGAACUGACAGAUCAAGACCUGGAUAUGACAACUUUGACUGAUACAGGAACUGGUGUAGAAGGAUCAACAUCAGACAAAACAUCUUCAGUUAGGAUUGAAGAAGGGGAAAGUUCAAAAGCUAUCAAAGAAAUGGAUGAUUCAUCAAGGAAUUUGAAGCUGGCAUCAGGUUUCAAAAAUGUUCAAGGGACAUCAGAAGAUGGUGGUUGUAAUUCAGUGGUAGUGAGCAGCUCAACAAAGUUGAUUGACAAAAAUCGUAGUGUUGAGGUAUUGAUUGGUGAUAAGAAAAAACAAGAGGUUGUAGAUUCUGUAAAGAAAGUCCAGGAAGAUAAAGCCUGCAGUGGUAUGAAGGUAGUGGUCAGUGAUAGCAGGAAGCAAAAGGUUGUUGAAGAUUUUGAAAAGGGAAAUGAGAAUCAGAACCAAAGUCUGGUGGCAGAACAAGGAACACAUCCAGAUGUGAACAAACAUGGUAAUGUGUUGAAUGUUGGGAAUGAUGAUGAUGAUGAUGAUUGUAAUGACCAUUUUGGGUUGGAUACAAUGUCUGAUGAUAAUGAUGAUACUGAAAAUGAUGGGCCAAUUCCUAGUUUAUUAGUGGAUAUGCCACAAAUAAAAAGACCAGCUGAUGGUUCAGUAAUGCCACCUGCAAAGAAGUUGAAAACAUUGGACCAACAAAAUCUAUCUGAUGCUCCUGAUAAGGAUUCCAUGCAUGGACAUGUAUUUCAUCAAGAUAAUAAUUCUAUCAUGGCUUCUGUAGAAGGUCCAGUCAACAACAACAUAGAAGAUGUACAGAUGAUCACAGGUUCUACAGAUAUCCCUCACCAAGAAACUCCGGAUCCUUCAUGUUCUCAAGUUGAAAUUCAAAGGCAAUCAAACACAAAUAUUGGCCAAAAGUUGGAAUUGUCCACUAAUAGAAAUUGUUCUUCAAACUAUGGUGUGGAGAAAACAGUGAUGUACCCAAAUGAGAACAAAGAUUGUCCAGUUGUUAACCAGCAACAAGGAAUUGCAUCAUCGGUUUCUAAUCCAGUUGAAAUGAAACUAGUUGGCAAACGUUGUGAAGAAACAGUUGAAUCAACUGUUCUGGGUAUUGGAAACACAUUAAAGAACCCUGUCAAUCAUCAACCACAUCUAGAAAAUGUUGCUAAAGAAACAUUAUCGGACAAGUGUUACACUGGGAACUUGGUUGGCCAAAAUGUUUCAGAUAACCAAACUCAGCUACAGAUAACUGAUACAUCAGCAAGUUUGUUGCUAUUACCAGAAGCUGCUUCAGAUAAAUUACCUGACAGUCACCGAACUGGGAAUGUGAGUGAAAACAAUACUGUGUUGGAUGUUCAAAAUUCCAGAAUGGAACAAAAUUUGAGUAGAAUCAACCAGAAGGGAUCUCAGCUACUUGGUUUCCCUGAUAACUCAAGUCAUAGAGAUGCUAUCAAAGACAUUACAUCUACAUCACAAUUAUCAUCAUACCCUUACAUUUCUUCAGUAAAUCCCACCAAUGAUAAUCUAGCAUUGCAAAAAGUAUCAAACUUCAAUAUAUCUUCCACAAUCAAUACAAAUAUGUCAUACCUGUCCAUGCCAACAAAUAGUGCUAGAGAAACUGUUCAAAGUAAAAAUACUGAAGAUGAUUUUGGUAGAAAUCCAAGCUACUCAGAAAAUGGUAUGAACCCAUCACACGUUGUGAACAAAGUGAGUGGGAGACUUGAAGAAAACAGCACAGUAGCAAAAGAAACUGCAGUAAAGAUGCAAACAAGUAAUCAAAAUGUGAAAAAGAAUGGUGAUAGUUUUGUGGGAACAACAUUGAAUCAAAUUGGAAAACGUAGCUUCAUUGAACUCAGUAACAGGCCAGAAAAAAUUGCAAUUCAAACUCAAACAAGCAUUGAGAACAAAAUCGAUAACAAUGAUUUCCAUUUUCCACAGAAUAGUGGCCAGAAAACUAUGCUCACCUAUACUGAACUACAUGGGAAACCUUCGAUGGAACACAGCCCUAUUAUGGGAAUUAAUUCUAAAAAUCAGGAUCAUUCCAGUUUUGGUGUCAGCAAUGUUUCAAGCAAUUCUGUAUCUACAAUUGGGUCCACAAGCUACAUGGGCGGAGAUAAGUUUUUGGAAACACCCAAUCUCUUUUGGAAUAAUAGUGGUGCAGAAGUUGGUGGAUCUCCAGCUGUGAACAGUUCACUACCUCCAUUUGCAAAUCAAAACUUUUUGAAAUCUUCAGAGAACCAGAUAGUUGCAAGCUCUUCAAUUUGUACAUCUUUUUCAACACCAAUGGUUACCAGUCUCUCUACAAAUCAGAAUCAAAUGGCUGCUUCUAACCUGAAUCUACCUGAAUCAUCGGGACCAGUUUGUACACCUUCUGGUGUUUUGCCAAAUUACUCGCUACCUUCAGUUACCAAUUCUGCUGCAUAUCAAAAUGUGAUCAAUACAUCAAACCAAUCAGGAAAUGUGUACAGAAAUUUCUUAAACUAUCAUACACUUUCAUCCACAUCUGGUGCUGUUGUGUCAUUGUCAACUGCCACCACAUCAUCUGGAAUUUUGCCGAGUUUUGCCAAUAAAUCUAGUGUUUUGCCUUCUGGGAGUGGUUCAAAAAUGUCAAUUAUAACUGAACAAAGACCUAUUGUUUCUUACAAAGUGAAUGACAGCAGACAAAAGACUGUGAACCCUGUCAUAUCAAAUCUUCAGCCACAAAACCAGUGGAACCCCAAGAUCCCACAACAUGCUGAAACUGCAAAACCCAACAAACCAAGUGGAGGAAAUAGCAGCGGAUUGAACCAUUUCCAACUAGGCUAUGCAUCUGUUGUGAAACAGUGUGACAACUGUUGUGUAAAUAAAGUGUCAGAAGUCCAUGAUUGUCAACAAAAGUUUCCAAAGUCAUCACAAAACCAACAUGUUGCUGCGAACACAUCCAAAACAAUGCAGACUGGGGAAGCGAUUGCAAAAUGUACUAGUGGUGAUGUGAAAAAUGUCGGUGGUAAGAUAAAGAAGGAUAUGUCAACAAAUACAAGUUCCAGUGAAGAAGCACCUCCAAAGGUGUUGUAUGGUAAUCGGAAAGUGUUACCUCAAGAUAAAUCCACGGUACAGUUGGAGGCUGGUAGGGAAGUUUUGAUGAUAAACCCAAAUAAAAACACCAGAAAAGUUGUGAAGAAAACAGUUUCACAGCAGACAGAUGACAUCAGUAAGGGACCAAUGAUUGGUAGCAGUGCUAAUGUUGGCAAGACUGAUGUCAGAAAAAUGGCUGCCAGUUUCAAAAUGAAGAGCACCUCCAGCUGUCAAACUGUAGAUUUGGAAACAACUAUCAACCCUGUCACCAAAUAUCCACAGAGUUAUGGAAGAGGGGCCAUGCAAAAUAGGAGGAAAGCUACAAAUUUCCAAGUUGGUUACAAUGUGGCUCAAAAUACCAUGAAGGUUGGUAAUAGUGGUGGUGUAAGCAACAUGGUGCAGAAAUCCAACAAGCAAGUUGGUAAUAUUGGUGUUACAAAUACUAAGAAAUCUACUGGCACAUCAGUGACUGUUGAUGGUUCUCUGCUACAAAAUAAUCAGACCAACAUUGAUAUGAUGGCAUCAACAUCAAUCCAGAAUGCUUCAGAUAUGUUCCAACAUUCCAAACCUACUGAUAAUCCUACCACAUCAACACAGAAUACUCUGGUCCCAUUCCAACAUUCUAAACCUCCUGAGAAUCAAGCCAAUCCAUUAAUGACUCAAGACAGUUUGGUUCCAUUCCAACAUUCCAAACCUUCUGAGAAGCAGGCUGCUUUGUUUCCCUCAAAGAAUCAUCCACCAAAGAAUGACAAGAAACUGGACUUCAAGUCAGUUCUGCAAAAAGAGAAGAACAACACGUUUUUGGAUGACAUUCGCCUGGUACUGCCAAAUAGUGACUUCUCCAAUGACAUCUUCUCAACAUUGCAAGUGCCACCCGGAUCUCAACAUCAUGGCUCCCUGUCACCUACUGCUGCAUUCCUGGAUGCGUUUCCACUAGUUUCCAACUCCAAAAACUCGGAAAUGCUCAUAGAUGGUGACAACAGUGAUGCUGUACAUCAUGCCACUGAUAGUCUACUUCUGGGAGACACCAAUAUUCUGGACACAAGUGGCAGACAAAAUUGUCUACAAACUUUGAACAACUACAACAGUGCUAACAUUGCUGGGGUAGAACAGCAUUUGGCGAUGAAUACAGAUGAAAUGACUAAGAAUCCUUGCAACAAGAACAUGAACAGUAUCCAUACUGACCAAAACAAAGCCAAUAAUGCAAUGCCUAACCAACAACAAACUUCUUCUGCCUAUUCAAUAUCAGCAUUGAAUUCAGCAAAACCUUCAAACAGUUUGGGAGAAAAGUGUGCUGAUCAUACCAACAAAAUUCAGGACUACCAAUCACAUUACACAAAUGUGAACUAUGAUUAUAUGUCAGCAAACUCGUUCCAAAACUAUAACUACAACAGUGGAUACAAGAAAGUGGCACCAAAAUUUGUAGAUUCCAAUUAUGGAGGAGAUAUCAACAAUUCGUUUGUGUCCAAUCCAAGAGAUGUGAACAACAAAAUGGCCGCUACAACCUAUGGUAGUCAAGAUGGUGGAUUGGGUUACAAUGCCUACAACAACUGGAAUCCGAAACCCAGCAUGCAGUUACAGAACUUUGACGAUUUUCAAACUAACUACAUGUCGGGCUACAAUCAUUUCCCAACUAGCAGUGCGUCCAAAAAUGUGUUUGCAUCUGAUCAAUCAUACUCAACAAGUGCUGGCAUGUUUGGGAACUUGUCGAGCUACAAAAGUAUGGACACAAGUGACAGCAAUUUCGUCCCACAACCGGUUGCAAGUAGUACAAAGCUAGGUAGCAAGAGUGAUGCACCAGCAAAUUUCAUCUACACCCAGGCAUCAACAACUUCAAAUCCUAUAACAACACGUUCCUAUUCCUGUGCUUUCUCCAGUGCAAGUGAUUUUCAAGCUAUCGGAUUCCCACAAUCACUGUAUUCAUCUUCAACAAUUGAAGACUCACUCAGUACUGCUCCAAAAUGUGGUAGCAUAGUCACAUCACAAGCUGCUCAAACGAAAUCGGUGAAUACUUCAAAAAGUAAUAACAGCUCCAUUGGUAACAAGUUCUAUGUGGGAGGGAAUCCCAUGAACAAAAAGCAACCAGUAAUGUUUGAUAAUGCCUCAAUCAAAACUAGCCAGACUGCUGGAAUGGAUCAAGGUGCUACAAAAAUCAUCAUCCUAUUUCCCCCAUCACUCUCAACAACUUUGAAUAACAGCUUCAACAACAGUACAAUGCUAUUCCCAGCACAGAGUACCUAUCAAACCACUAAUAUCUUUACCACUAUAACAAAUCAAACAGCUGGUAUAUUCAGUAGUACCACUGCAACUACUCAUGCAAAUCAAACUGUUGGAAUAUUUAGCAGUGGUGCCACAACUCAAGUGAAUCAAUCUGUUGGAAUAUUUAGCAGUGGUGCCACAACUAAAGCAAAUCAAACUGUGGGAAUAUUUAGCAGUGGUGCCACAACUCAAGCGAAUCAAUCUGUUGGAAUAUUUAGCAGUGGUGCCACAACUCAAGCAAAUCAAACUGUGGGAAUAUUUAGCAGUGGUGCCACAACUCAAGCAAAUCAAUCUGUUUUCACAUUCAGCAGUGGUGCCACCACAUCAACAACAACCACACCGGCAAAUGGCAAAGUUGGCAGCAGUAGUGAGACUGUGAAGACAUCUCAGCCACGCAUGUCUGUCAACUGGAUGACAAUGCCAGACCCUAGAACAUCCACUCUGGAAGUUGGAAGUUCUUCCACUGCAUCAGCACCUUUCAUUCCACCAGACAGGAUGUUCACACCGCACAAAGAUGCUCUGGAUUUCAUCGCACCAAUCAUAACUGGUGGUCUACAACCGACAUACUCUACAAACUCACAGAUGUUCUAUGGAAUGGAUUUCCCAAUCUCUGAUGCCCAAACCUUGUGUGGCACUGAUGGCUCCAUCACUAGAACAACUGCAAAUCCUCAGGCACAAACGUCUUCAUCAUCAGCACUGCACUACUCAUGGCCUACUUCCAAGUCAUCACUUUCACUGUUGUCACAUCUUGACAACCAUGGCUUGGGAAUACCUUCAACGUUGCCAACAUUGGUUGGGGAUCUGGCACUAGGCACAAACACUGGUCCUUCAACACCAGGAGUCAACGGUGACUACAGAAUGUCUUCAAACACAACUGCAACCAUCUUCCAAACCCUUCCAGAAGUUGAAGACAGAAACAAUCAGAAAUCUUUAAAUAAUGCCACUGAUGUAUCUCCUGUGAAAUCAUCAAACUACUGUCAGGAUAUGCAACCAAAAUCUGCACUUUUCUCUACAGACAUGCCAUCUUCAAAAUCUGCAAACUACUUGCAAGCACCAUCAAAACCAUCAAACAUCUUUGAUGUGCAAUCAAAGCCAUCAAACAUCUUUGAUGUGCAAUCUAAAUUGCCUGAAACACCAGCAAAAUCUUCUAAUAUACAUCUGGAUAUGCCUACAAAAUCUUCAAGUUACUCCUUGGAUGUACAACCAAAAUCCUCAGCACCCUUCUCCACAGAAGUGCCAACUUCAAAGUCAUCCAACUUCUUGCAAGCAUCAUCAAAACCAUCAAACAUCUUCGAUGUACAAUCCAAGACAAAUACACCAGCAAACCCUUCAAAUUUCCAUUUCAACAUGACUGGAAAACCUUCAAACUACAUGAAUGCAUCAUCAAAACCUUCAAACAUAUUUGACAUGAACAUAACAUCAAAACCAUCCAGCACAUUUGAUUUGAAUGCAUCAUCAAAACCAUCAAACACAUUUGAUGUAAAUGCAUCAUCAAACAUCUUUGACAUGCAAUCCAAGCCAUCAUCAAACUUCUCAGACACUCCAUCAAAAUCUACAAACUUUACCAUGGGUAAUCCACAGUUUCAUGCUACAUCAGCACAGUUUGAUGCCAAAAGCUCCAAGAAUCCAGCUCCAAAUCAAGGACAAAGGUCUGGUGUUGUUGCAGAUACCAGCAAAACAUCUUCAGGGCCCAAUGUGUCUCAUCAACAACCUCAAAGUGGAGGCAGUAGCUUUCUGUCAGUCAGUCAACUGGUUGAUCAAGUGAAAACUAAUAAGAAACAGGAUGGCAAUAACUACAAGUAUGUGCAGAAUAUUAUGGCACCUGACAUAUACUAUCCAGAGAUCACUGCUGGCUCAAACAGUGCUAAGCAGGUUGACUACAAAUGUAACACCAUGCCUAUGCCACAGAAAGGUUCUACAACUAACUUCCAGCCCCUGAUAAAUGCCAAGAAUACAUACAAUCCACAGAAUAGAGAUGGAUAUAGUUUGUUGUCAACUGAAGGUAGCCAGAAGCAAAAUUUGUUGACAUUUGAUAGUGCAACAUCGAAUCAGAAACAGAACCUGCUGAGUUCUGAUGGCGCAACCAAAAAUCAGAAACAGAACAUGUUGCCAUUUGAUGGCAAUGCAACCACAAAUCAAAAACCAAAGGAUCCAUCAGCAAUGCAGCAGAAAAGUGUUGCCAACUCAACAACAAGAAAGUGCGAAAUAAAUUUGCAAAACAACAACUUUAAUGAUACAGGUCUAUCGUUUCUUGCACCUAGCAGUUCAACAUUGGUUGCUAAAAACAGUACAAUACCAUCUGUGGCUAAAAGCAGUACAGGGUCGACUCCAGUUAGUUUGCCAACAUCCCUGUGGUCACAAAGUUCAAGUCAUAAUGUGAAUAGUUGUUCAACUGCUGCUAAAAAGAAUGAAAGGUUCCCUUUGACUAAGUCGUCUUCAACUUUCAAAAGCAGUAACAAGUAUAGCGCUGAAUCCCUGAUCAGCAAUGUACAAGAUGGUGCUUCUGCAGCAAGUGUUGAUCAGUUUUCAUCAGUGACAUCAUUGAACUAUGGCACAUGCUUUGAAAUGGCCGGACAUAACUCUAGUGAUCUGCCAUCAUUUGGUGUGUCGACAUCAAAUCUGUUUGGAGCUACAGAAUAUCAUCAUGGCAGUGAUUACGGUAGCAAUCAACCAAUCCCAUCCUAUCAGAACUAUUUUGGACAGACCUUGGAUAACCUGCAGCCAACGGGGACAGCAUCAACAACUUUUCUUGCUGAGUCAGCAGCUGAUUUCCAGAUGAAUCUGUUCGAUUCCACGGCACCACCCUCCUAUCUUUUCCCUCCAGCGCUGAAUAAGAAAUCUGCAAAUGUUGAAGCGAAAUCUAAUGUGAAACCCAACCCAAAACCUGCCAACAAUUUAAUUCCAACCAGUCUCUAUUCAUCAACCGUGGUUGAUCCAAAACCCAACCAAAAACUGGAUAAUAGUUUGACACCAGCCAGCACAGCUGUUCUCUAUCCUUCAAAUACUGAACCAAAACCUAACCUAAAACCAGAUAACAAUUUGAUACCAGCUAGUAAAGGUGUUUUCUAUCCUUCAAAUGUUGAGGCAAAACCUAACCUAAAACCAGAUAACAAUUUGAUACCAGCUAGUUCAGGGGUUUUCUAUCAAACAACAACUAUAUCAUCCCCUACAACAAACCAAGGGUGUCAGAAAUCAAAUUCAAACUUCCCGCUAGCUGCAAAAUCAAAUUCAAAUUUCCCGCCAGCUGCAAAAUCAAAUUCGAAUUUCCCGCCAGCUGUAAAAUCAAAUUCAAAUUACCCGCCAGCUGCAAAAUCAAAUUCAAAUUUCCCACCAGCUGCAAAAUCAAAUUCGAAUUUCUCGCCAGCUGCCAACUGUAAUAGCAGUGCUGCCAACCUCACUGCAUCAUCGUCCAGCACCAACAGUCUGGCCAACUUCAAUAUGAGCACUAUUUUCCCGGAAAUGAAUGACAAGGUGGAUCCUGCAGUUGCACAACAACAUCACAUCAAUCAACAACAGAAGCAACAGCAAACAACAACCGCCAGUCAACAACAGACGGCGACAACAACAACGAAUCGGUGACAGCGUGACGUUGGCCUGACCACGACAACAGCACGGCGACAAAGACAGCGUCAGAGUGGCGCAAAACGACAAACUAACAAAAGUGGUGACAACGCGUUCUGGUGGCCGAAACUGUAAUCGGGUUGUCACAACAAGUUAGAAUCGGUGAUAGGUUGACGGUGGCCUGACCACGACAACAGCACGGCGACAAAGACAGCGUCAGAGUGGCGCAAAACGACAAACUAACAAAAGUGGUGACAACGCGUUCUGGUGGCCGAAACUGUAAUCGGGUUGUCACAACAAGAUAGAAUCGGUGAUAGGUUGACGGUGGCCUGAACACGGCGAAAAAGACAGCGUCAAAGUGGCAGACAAAGCCAAACUAACAAAAGUGCUGACAACGCGUUCUGGUGGCCGA